CCCGGCCCCGGGGAGGGGCGGCGGGCGGCGGCGGGGCGGGCGUUAGGCCUCAGCGAGCCGGGGCCCGGGCGGCGGCCGGGCGGCGGCGAGGUGUCCGCCAUGCCGCUGCUCUUCCUGGAGCGCUUCCCUUGGCCCAGCCUCCGCACCUACACGGCCCUCAGCGCCCUGGCCCUGCUGGCCACCGGCCUCAGCGCUUACCGAGCCCUCGGCCAGGCCCCUCAGGACGGCGGGGCGGCGGGCAGCGAACCGACCGGGCCGCGGGCCCUGGACGUCGCUUACUACCUGCUCUCCGACAGCCUCUGCGUCUGGGUACUGGUGAACACUGCCUGCUGUUUUCUGAUGUUGGUUGCUAAGCUAAUCCAAUGCAUGGUGUUUGGUCCCCUUCGUGUCAGCGAGAGGCAGCAUCUCAAGGAUAAAUUCUGGAACUUUAUUUUCUACAAGUUCAUCUUCAUUUUCGGCGUGCUGAAUGUUCAGACAGUGGAAGAAGUGGUGAUGUGGUGCCUCUGGUUCUCUGGGCUUGUGUUCCUUCACCUUAUGGUUCAGCUCUGCAAAGAUCGCUUUGAAUAUCUUUCCUUUUCUCCCACCACGCCCCUGAGCAGCCACAUCCGAGUCCUGGCCCUGCUCGUCGCCAUGCUCCUCUCCUGCUGCGGGUUAGCAGUCGUCUGCGGCGUCAUCGGCUACACACACGGCAUGCACACCUUGGCUUUCAUGGCAGCAGAGUCUCUGCUUGUGACAGUCAGAACAGCUCACGUGAUUUUACGGUACGUAAUUCAUCUCUGGGAUCUCAACCAUGAAGGAACAUGGGAAGGCAAAGGCACUUACGUCUACUACACGGAUUUUGUCAUGGAGCUGACCUUGCUUUCACUGGACUUGAUGCAUCAUAUUCAUAUGCUGCUGUUUGGCAAUAUCUGGCUGUCGAUGGCGAGCCUGGUGAUCUUUAUGCAGCUGCGCUACCUCUUUCACGAGGUGCAGCGAAGAAUUCGGCGGCACAAGAACUACCUGCGUGUGGUUGGAAACAUGGAAGCAAGGUUUGCAGUAGCAACACCGGAGGAGCUGGCGGUCAAUAACGACGACUGUGCCAUUUGCUGGGACUCCAUGCAAUCUGCACGGAAACUGCCCUGUGGCCAUCUCUUCCACAACUCGUGCCUGCGGUCCUGGCUGGAACAAGAUACAUCUUGCCCCACCUGCAGAAUGUCUCUGAAUAUCACUGACAGCCAUCACGUGCGGGAGGAUCACCAGAGGGAAAAUCUGGAGGAGAACCUGGUCCCGGUGGCGGUAGCAGAAGGCAGACCACGCCUCAACCAGCACAAUCACUUCUUCCACUUCGAUGGCUCUCGAAUUGCCAGCUGGCUGCCCAGUUUUUCAGUAGAAGUGAUGCAUACUACAAACAUCCUCGGUAUCACGCAAGCCAGCAACUCCCAGCUUAAUGCCAUGGCCCAUCAGAUCCAGGAGAUGUUCCCUCAGGUUCCUUAUCAUUUGGUGCUGCAGGAUCUGCAGCUGACUCGUUCUGUAGAGAUCACCACUGACAACAUCCUCGAAGGGCGCAUCCAGGUACCUUUCCCCACACAGCGUGCAGACAGCAUUAGACCUGCAUUGAACAGUUCCGUGGAACGGCACAGCACUGAUCAAGAGGAUACUGAAACUGUCACCCAGACUGAGCGAGUGCCACUUGAGCUCAGCUCCAGACUGGAGGAGACGGUGGAGCUGAGCGAAGCAGAAGGGGAGCCCAGCGAAGCAGAGGACUUCGAGGCCAGGGGGAGUCGCUUCUCCAAGUCGGCCGACGAAAGGCAGCGCAUGUUGGUUCAGCGGAAGGAGGACUUGUUACAGCAAGCUCGAAAGUACGUCCCUUCCUCAACCUCCAGCCCUGGCCACUGGGUUCUGCUCCCCCAGGAUGGGUUUCAAACGGAUUAUGACCAUUUGAGGCGUUACCUGAACAAAACCUCUGACGAGGAGCUGAGCACAGAGAAACCCCCUCCUCCCCCCGAGGGCGCGUCGGCCGAUGCCGUCACCCUGCGUCGCAGGACACUGGCCGCCGCCGCCGAACGCAGGCUCCAGAUGCAGCAAAACUCUUAGCGCCCGCCGCCCCUCCUUCCUCCUCCCCGUGAGCCGUGUCCAAUAAAUAAAUGAAAUACAGAAAAAAAAAAAAUAACCAAAACAAAACAAACCACCCCCCAACACCCUGCGCUUUCUAUACCAGCAGGAAAGUGUCUUCUUCAGAGCUCGGCUGGCUGUUGCUGCCCCAUGAGCUGGCUGCCGCUCUGCUGUAUAAAGCAUGUGGUCUAAUGAUGUUUGGACAGCUGAACAAAUUACCCGUUUAUUUUUUGGGGUUUUUUUCUUUUUGGUAAUGUUUUCUAUGUAACCUUGAUCCCCCUUGAUGAACAACGAGGCACUUUCUAAAGGCACGGGUGUGAUUUCUGCAGCUCUAGGCGGUGAGGAGGCCGGAGAAAAGCAUCUUCCCAGCAAGCAGCCCUGGGUGCAGGGUGCUGGAGGGCACUGGCACGUUCAGCUGGAGGUCGGGGAGAUCUAAUCCAACAGAGAGAGAGAAGAAAGUUUAGAAAUUGGCAGCAAAGCUGGCAUUAGACGAGCAGGUGCCUGCUCUCGUGUCUCUGCGUGUGGAGAGCGCGAAGGGUGUUUUCGUGGCCCCGGGGUCGCGUCGCUGGAAAGUCAGCUCUUAGACCGGAUGGAAGUUGUUUAGCUCCGUAACGCAGGGAAAAAAUAAAUUCCUGAAUUGUGCAGCAAAGCGCCGAUUCGCAGAGAUUCCAGCAUAAAAUAGUCUGUUUACCGUCGCUGGGCUCUUCUGCCCUGGCAGAGCUCUGGGCUGUGUUAUUUUCCUUUGCCUUUUAUGGCCAGGAAGAAGCGAGAGGCGGAGGGGAAUGGAGAGAAGAAGAGGGGGUCGCAAGGCGAGGGGAGAGCCCCUCGAGUCAGUGUUACCACAACCCAGGGGAGUACCAGAGAAAAACCUGCCUGCUCUGGGCUCCCGAGCAACAUGGAUGGGAUUUCCUGGAGAGAGCUCCCAUAUUUUGCCGUUUCUUUCUUUUUUUUUUUUUUUUUUUUUUUUUUUUGAAACCCCACAACUUCCCUGUGAGUUUAUUGGGAAGGACUGGAGGAGCCGGGGCAGCCGGACCUUGGGCUGGACCUGGAAUUUCUGAUUUUUCUAAUGAACUCUUUGAGACGAGAUCCACUCGCGUAGGUGAAUUUUACAUGGCAGUGACCUAAUUUUUAAACUUUUGAAGAGUGAGUUCUAGUAUCGCUGUCCUUUAGAAGGAGCCCAGUAUUAUCUAGAAUUGUUGAUAACUUUUUUUUUUUUUACUGUUGGUUUUUAGGACAUUUGAAGGUGAAUUUAAUGAGAGGAGUCGCGUCGAUGUUUAGGUGGAAAUAAUUUAUUUCAAUAAAACUCUUUGGGAAGCCUUACCUUGCAAUGCUAUUAGUAAACUUA